GGAUGGGAAACAGUCAGACUCGGCUCGCGGAAGACAUUUCUCGGCAGUUGUCCCGUUGUCCCCCGGCUUGUGGACGGAGUUAAAAUAUGAGGAGUGGAGCCUCGAAAUGGAGCUAACUGGAUGCUAACAGGCUAACCGUCAGUAUGAAGAGGCUUUAAUCAACUUUAUCAACAGUUUGACUUCGGGACAAUAACAGAAGACGUCAUGGACUCGCUGCUGGACUUCGAGGAAUGUGUCAAAGACUCACCUGAGUUCAGACUGAAGCUGGAGCUGUUUGAGGCGGAUGUUACUGUGCUCGAGACACAACUGGACAAGGUGAUGAAGCUGUGCGGGAAGAUGGUGGAGGCGGGACAAGCGUACAACGCAGCCAAUCAGCUGUUCCUGGCCGGCCUGGCCGAACUCUCCACAUACCACAGGAAGGACGGCGUCAUCAGCAACUGUCUGAACCAGUUCAACCAGGGCCUGCAGGAGAUGGUCAGCUUCCACACUAUGUUGUUUGAUCAGACUCAGAGAGCCAUCAGCCAGCAGCUGACCAACCUCUGCUCACAGUUCCUGCCCCAGCUGGUGGAGACCCGUAAAGAGUUUGUGCGGAUCGGGGAUGAUCUGGAGACGGCGGCGGUGAAGAACGCUCAGGCCCCUCGCCACAAAGCCGCCGACGCCGAGCGCGCCAGUCACCUGCUGCUCGCCACGCGCAAAUGCUACCAGCACUUCGCCCUGGACUACUGUCUGCAGCUCAACACCUUCAAGACUCAGCAGAGAAUCGACAUCUUGAACUCAGUGUUCUCCUUCGUCCACGCUCAGUUCACCUUCUUCCACCAAGGCUUCGACCUGCUCCGGGACCUGGAGCCCACCAUGAAAACCAUGGCAACACAGUUGUCCCAGUUCUCUGCAGACUGUGCAGCUAAAAGGAAAGACCUGGAGAACACACACCUGCUGGUGCAGCAGAGAGAUGCUUCAGGAGAGCCCAUGGUCAGCCCGUGUCCCGGGAGUGAUGACAUCAUCCAGGGUUACCUCUUCAAACGCUCGAGGAGGAAAACCAAAACCUGGAAGAGGUCCUGGUUUUCCAUCAGAGACAACCAACUCCUUUACAGGAAGUCACACAAGGAGGAGGCCGUCGUUCUGUUCGAGGAUCUCCGUCUGUGUGCCGUCAAAUCUCUGGAGCACACGGACCGACGGUUCUGCUUCGAACUGCUCUCCGUUCAGAAAUGCUGUGCUCUGCAGGCCGACUCGGAGCAGUUGAAGCAGGCGUGGCUCAGCGCUCUGCAGGGCAGCAUCGACCUGGCCUACAGAGAGAGAGCCGACUCCCAGCCUAAAGAGCUCCCCCCUCCCCUCUGCGGGGGGGACUCGUCCCCGGGCCCCCCCGCUCCGAGGCUGUCGGUGCUGGACGUGGCCCUCCGGGGCUCCGGGAACCAGCGGUGCUGCGACUGCGGCGAGGAGGAGCCGCGCUGGGCCUCCAUCAACCUGGGAGUCACCGUGUGCAUCGAGUGCUCCGGCAUCCACAGGAGCCUGGGCGUCCACCUGUCCAAGGUGAGAUCUCUCACUCUGGACUCAUGGGAGGCUGAACAGCUGAAGCUGCUGUGCGUUCUGGGAAAUAACGCCGUGAACCGGAUCUACGAGGCGCGGUGUUCAGAGGAAGGCCGAGUCAAACCCAGAGCCAACAGCCCGCGAGCGGAGAAAGAGACGUGGAUCAAAGAGAAAUACGUGGAGAAGAGAUUUGUCCAAAACAGCAGCUCAGACGGAGCUCAUUAUUGCCCAAUGAAGGAUCUGGAAACAGCCUCCCAUUCUGUUCCAGGUGGAGGGAAGGGCGAGGCCGGGCUGCGUCUGUAUCGGGCUGCGUCGGCGGGGGAUCCGGUUGCCAUGGCGGCAGCGUUGGCCCAGGGGGCGGAGGUCAACGGGAGCAUCGCUGAGGAGGCGGGGCGCACGGCACUGAUCGGAGCAGCUGUCGGGGGGUCACUGUUGGCCUGUGAGUUCCUGCUGCUGAACGGAGCAAACGUCAACCACCGAGACCUGAGAGGACAGGGAGCACUGCACGCUGCCGCCACCGCUGGACACACUGGACAGGUGUGUCUGCUGCUGAAGAGAGGAGCCAAUCAGUACGCUGUAGACGAGAGGGGACAGGACCCACUGGCCAUCGCCGUGGAAACGGCCAAUGCUGACAUUGUCACACUACUGCGGAUGGCCAGGAUGAAUGAAGAGAUGAGAGAUUCAGAAGGAGUCUUUGGAGCUAUGGGAGACGACGAGACGUUUCAGGACAUCUUCCGCGACUUCAGCGACAUGGCGUCGCAUGACCCGGAGCGGCUCAGCAGACGGCAGUUCAGCCGCGGCGGCGAGGAGGAAGAAGAAGAGGAGGGGGAGGAGGAAGUGAAGGGAGGCGGAGGAGAAACGGUGAACAGCCAACACGGCGUUGGAAAGACGUCCGAAUGACCGAAACUGUGACCGGAAGCCCGUCAGACUGCAGACGCUCUCCGCACCAAAACUACUGCGUUACCACGGUAACAGUUCGUAUGGACACUGUACACGUUCAUCUUAACUCUAAGAAGAGUUGACUGACAGCUUCACGUGACAUGAGCAGAAGAUUUAAGGUGUGAUAACACAGUGUCCUCUUAGACUUGAUGUACCAUUAAUGCGGUUGGAACAGUGUUACCAGUGUUCACUUAUUUUCAUUUUUAAUUAAUCUGCUAAUUAUUUUCUCUGUUAAUCGUUU